AUGGAUUCCUCCGGCGGCGGCGGCGGCGGCGGUGGAGCGCAGAUCAAGGGUAUGGCGACGCACGGGGGCCGCUACGUGCUGUACAACGUGUACGGAAACCUCUUCGAGAUCCUUGCCUUAAAGGACGUAAUACGCCCCCCAACUAGAGAGAACUUUAAUGACGUGUACAUUGUUACUGAGUUAAUGGAUACAGAUCUCCAUCAGAUCAUACGCUCAAAUCAGCCAUUGACUGAUGAUCAUUGCCAGUACUUCUUGUAUCAGUUGCUAAGAGGGCUAAAAUAUGUGCACUCAGCAAAUAUAUUGCACCGCGAUCUAAAGCCGAGCAAUUUGUUCCUAAAUGCAAAUUGUGACCUCAAGAUCGCAGACUUUGGGCUUGCAAGGACCACCUCGGAGACAGAUCUCAUGACAGAGUAUGUGGUCACUCGUUGGUACAGGGCACCAGAGCUGCUGUUGAACUGUUCACAGUAUACUGCUGCCAUUGAUGUCUGGUCAGUUGGAUGCAUAUUAGGUGAAAUUGUUACUCGCCAACCCCUGUUUCCUGGACGGGAUUACAUCCAGCAAUUGAAAUUGAUCACUGAGCUCAUAGGCUCACCAGAUGAUGCAAGCCUGGGAUUCCUUCGAAGUGAUAAUGCAAAAAGAUACAUGAAACAACUACCACAGUUUCCAAGGCAGGACUUCCGCCUGUGUUUCCGCAACAUGUCUCCUGGUGCAGUCGAUUUGUUGGAGAGAAUGCUUGUGUUUGAUCCAAGCAGACGGAUUACAGUUGAUGAGGCUCUGCAUCACCCAUACUUGGCUUCACUUCAUGAGAUCAAUGAAGAACCUACCUGCCCUGCACCUUUCAGCUUUGAUUUUGAGCAACCAUCCUUUACAGAAGUGCAUAUAAAAGAACUUAUCUGGAGGGAAUCUUUAGCAUUUAACCCGGAUCCUCCCUACUAA